AAAUGAUCGUAAAUCGAGGCCGAAGAAAGCCAAAGAGUGAAUCUGAUAUCAUAUUUGAAGAUAUGAUUGAUAGCAAUAAGUCAAACAAAGCAACCCCGAUGAGGCUUCAAUGUAGAAAGAUGAUAGAAUCUCCAAAAUGAAGAUUCCCGGUUGACCUAGUCAAUGGAACUCUUACCUGUAUCAUCUCUGCUUUCUAUAUAUGCUCAACUUACGACGAAGAGGGAUUUCAAACAAGUAGCUUAGAUUGGUUCGAUUAUUUCUCAUUCCUGAGCCACUGAUAUUUGUUUAUUGAGUUUAUACUCAGGAUGUAUGUCUGAAGAAGUUUAUUAACCUCUAUUCUCUCGAUGGAGAGCUUUCUAGAUAUGUUAACAACGUUUCCUUACAUUGUAGUUCAUUUAUAUAAUGGAAUUACAAAUAAUGAUCAUACGAAUAUCGCUAUUGCCUUAACCAGGAUGUUUGACACUUGGAGGCUAUUUUCUCUAUACAAAUUCUUGAAAUAUGUUGAAGAUGAGGAUAACAGGAAACUUCUUAACAAUUGUCAUAUAAUAUUCUGUUUGGUAAUUUGAAGCUCAGCCUUAUUAGACACAGUAGAUGCUCCAGACUUGCCAUUUCAUCACACAUAUUUUUUUGUUAUGACUACUGUCAGUAUAAUUGGCUAUGGAAAUGACCUUACCACGACUGGAGUAAGGAUAACCAUUAUUUGAUUAAUUAUCUGCGGUAUAAUUAUUGUUCCAUCUAAAGCAGGAGAAGUUGUGAAUCUGAUUUCAAAAAGAAGUGCUUAUGCUGAUUAUAAGUACAAAAUUAUAUCAAAAGUGCCCCAUGUUGUCAUCAUUGGGAGUGUCAAUGCAAAGAAUGCAAUAAAUUUCUUUGAAGAAUAUUUUCAUGAAGACCAUGGGAAAAAUGAAACAAGACAUUGUAUUAUUAUUAAAUCUACCAGGCCAGACAAGAAAAUGGAAUCCCUUCUUGGAAAUGAUAAAUAUAUCUCGAAGGUACAUUACAUAGAAGGAAAUCCACAUGAAAAGAAAACCUUCAACAGAGCUAGAUUGGAUAAGGCUACUCAUGUUGUGAUAAUGAGUAAUAUCCUUACUUCAGACCCCGCCAAAGAAGAUGCUAAUACCAUCCUUCAAGCUAUGGUACUCAAGAAGUACUUGAAACAGCAUGAACACUCCAAGUGUCAACUGAGACUUCAACUUUUAAAACCCGAAAGUAUCAUGCAUUAUGAACUUUCUUUAAACAAGGAGACUAAAAAUGACCAAAUAGUAUGAAUUGAAAAUCUAAAAUUAAGCCUUUUAGCAAAAAGUUGUACUACUCCUGGACUAAUUUCUUUGAUCUCUAACCUCAUUAAGUCCUGUGAUGAUCCUCCCGAGCGAAACAAGCUCCCCAAAGAGCGUGAAUGGGAAUGGCUUCCAGAAUAUUGGCAAGGAAAAUCCCAUGAAAUCUACCGUGUUCUGAUUCCAAAAUCGACACUAGACAAGAACUUUAAUGAAUUGUCAAACUAUAUCUACAAAAACUAUAAUAACAUUCUGUUUGCUAUCGAAAUAGUCGAGAUGGACAAGGAUAGUGGACCUAUUCUCCUGAAUCCUGGAACCUUCAACAACCAGAUCUUAAACAACUCCAAAGCCAAUUUUAGGUACUACGGCUACCUGAUCGCAGAUAGUUUGGAAGAAGCAGAGAAAAUCUUCAAUGUUGCUGACAUUAUCGAAAACGAAAAUGCGGAUAUGUAUCUUAACCUCGGCCACAUGGAAGACCACUUGGUAAGACAUGAUAGUGACAGAAAGAUUUUAGACCCUAGAUAUGAAUCCAUAGACAUCUCUGGCGAUAGUGAUGCCUAUGAUGCUGAUGAGGAGGAAGAAAAUGAACUUGAUGUAGAGAAUUUGGAAGGAGACUGGAUCCAUUUCUGCCAUCUCACCCAAAAUCCGGUCAAAUUUGAGGAUAUCAAAUUUUCAACACUAAAGGACUCUAAAUUAGCCAAGGAUCAUAUAAUUAUCUGUGGAAUAGUCGAAAACAUUAGAGGAUUUGUAAUCCCUCUGAGAACCCUCCACCUUCGAAAUAUAUCUCCGAUCGUAAUAUUUAAUGAGGAAGAACCAAGCCAGCAGCUCUGGUCUCAGCUCUCAAGAUUUCCACAAAUCUAUUUCGUCAGAGGGUCUGCAUUAAAAGAAUCAGACUUAGACAAAAUCAACCUUGAAGAAGCAAAACAAGUAGUAAUCUUAUCUCCAAUGCUUGGCACAAAGACCACAAAGGAGCCUUACUCAAACACUGGUAAGAACCCCAAGAAGAAUAAUUCUCUCCCAGAAGCUGAAGAUUCCAUGCUCAAGGAAGAUAACAAAGAUGACGAUGCUAUCAAAGAAAAAUAAAGAAAAGGAAGAAGAGAAUCUAAUGGAUGCUCAGACAAUCUUCAAGUACAAUAUUAUCAAAAGACAUGCUGAUGUCAAAAUAAUUACAGAGCUUUAUAGCCAUGAAAACCUUGCUUACCUUGACAGUCCGAAUAUUUACCACGUAAUGAAUGAGUAUGGAUACGACCAAACACCAAUCUUCGCAAGUGGCCAAGUAUACUCCUCCAGUUUGAUGGAUUCCUUAGUCUGCCAAGCUUGUUAUAACUCUGCCUUGAUCACUGUUCUCAGACAACUUGUCAUUGGAGAGACUCGAAGAUCUUUCCAGAAAAAGAAUAUGAUGAUCUUUGGAAAAGAAUUUAACAAGAUCAAAUCCAGUAAUCUCUACCAUGUCCGAGUUCCAAUGCAUUUAAUUGGUGAAACAUUUGGAACUCUUUACAAACAGUUUUCUCUCGAAAAACAAAUGAUCCCAUUAGGCCUCUACCGAAACGAUUUCUUUACAAAGGAAAAGGAGGAUACUAAUAUAAACUAUGUCGUUACGAAUCCUGCUUAUGACACUCCUCUUCAAGAAACAGACUUCGUCUUUGUCUUAUGCCAUGAAGAUCCAGAAGAAGUUAAAAUGACUGAAAAUGAUAAUGUUGAUAUUGAAGAGGACAGAAUUCUCACUAAAACAAGUGACCUUGCUGCAAAGAAAGAGCUAUUAAACUCCUUGAAAAAUGAUCCUUCUAAGGCAAUUUCCCAGAAGGAGAAAACUUUGUUACGCAAAGCAGAGGCUGCUUCGUUAAACCCAAACGCUUCUACAAUGAAUCCGAGUAAUCAACAAAUGGCCUUUACUACAAACAACAAUUUUUACACUAAGAAAGCAAAACAGGAAUUCCAUGAAGGAUUGACUUCCAUUCAAACUCAGAUUGGAAGAAUGCUGGGAGAUAUCGUUAAAAUCCAUAAAGAUCUCAACAGGAAAAGUUCGAAUAUGAUCAAGGACAUCACCAACGAUCUUGAAGACAUCAUGGAAAAGGUUCUUGAGAAAGAACAAAAUAAAUCUUAGCCCAUAAUAUAAUGCAAAUCAUUUCAAUCAUUA